AAAAGUUUUGCCUAAACUUCUAUAUUGACCUUUGUCCUGGCAGCCAUUAUUUGACUCUUAUGUUCCUAGGCAUAAUGCAAUUCACAUAGAACUAAAAGGAGCCCUCAAACAUUGGGUCUAUGGUGUUUGGCACUUGACAUCUAUUGCCAUAGAUUCUAUGAUAUAUGGCUGGUAAGCAGUUAUCACUAUCCAGGGAGGGGGCUUAUGUAUGACUAUAAUGUGAGCUAAAAAAACUAGGCUAAUAAAAUCUAAAAUGAUCACUUUUAUAAUUUUAUUAUGGAAUAAUCAUGAAUGUGUGCUUCAGCAUGAGUGAUUUUACCUAACGGAUGAGAAACUGGGUUUUUAAAUUGGCAAAAAAAUCACAAUAUGUGCCAAUACAAGUCUGCAUGUGCAUACUGUACAUAUUGGAAGAGUAAUGUUGCUACUGAUAUUUCUCUAUGAAAAUGUAAAACCAUGAGAAACAUGCCUUGAAGUAGUGGACACAUUCAUGGUUUAGUAUUCAGUGCAUUUGACACUAUGCCCAGCAGAAAACUAUGCCAUUGGUAUUGGGUGAAAGUUUUAUUUACAUGUUUGCAUCCUAACAACAUAUAAAGCUGUUGGUUCUGUAAGCCUCCCAGAUUGACAGCUGUAACUACAACAUCCACACAAUAUGUCCUCUUGGUGGUAAGCUCAAAAAUUUAUAUAUUCCAGCCAGGGAUAAAUAAAAAGCACAUUUGCACUGAAACCUCUAGCGGGUACCUACUGCAUGCAAGCAAGAAAUAAAUGCCCAGUGACUUUUACUUUGUCAUCUUGUCUGGUUUUUGAUUGUGUAAUCUGUAAAACUGAUGAGUUGCCUCCUCAAAGUAGAAUGGGAAAUUAGAAAUUAUGUGAAUUGGAAACUCUAGCUCUGGAAAGGGGAAGAAAGAUGAGAGCAGAACGAGGGAGGGACCGGUGCUUCCUAGGGUAUAAAAUGCAUAAAGCAGAGACACCAUGAAAGUACAAACUGUGUCCUGAUACCAGCUGUCCCACAAUCCGAGUGAGAGGAACCAUGCUUGCUAAGACGGUGACUGGGAGCUUUGCUAAUGUGAUCCAUGGUUUAAGCAGUGCUCAUCUGACUGAAUCGGUGAUCCAGAGAAGCAAGCGCAUGAUUCUGGAUACAUUAGGAGUUGGCCUGAUUGGCACAACCACUGAAGUCUUCCAAAAAGCCUUACAGUACAGCAAAAUUUACAGCGCAGAUACAUCCAGCACUGUUUGGGGCCAAUCAGAUGUUCGGCUUCCUCCACUCUAUGCUUCUUUUGUCAAUGGAGUUGCUGUUCAUUCCAUGGAUUUUGAUGACACAUGGCACCCUGCCACCCACCCUUCAGGGGCAGUCUUGCCUUCUUUGAUGGCACUGUCAGAAUCUUAUCUUGGAAACCAGAGGCCAUCUGGACUUGAUCUUCUUUUGGCAUUUAACAUUGGCAUUGAGGUUCAGGGAAGACUGAUGCGCUUUUCUAAAGAAGCCAGAGAUAUCCCAAAGAGAUUUCACCCUCCCACCGUGGUUGGACCUAUGGGGAGUGCCGCAGCAUCAUCUAAAUUUCUACAUUUGAACCAGUCUCAGUGCCGUGAGGCCCUAGCUAUUGCUGCAUCCUAUUCUGGAGCCCCAAUGGCUAAUGUAGCCACACAAACCAAACCACUGCACAUCGGCAAUGCUGGUCGACAUGGCCUUGAGGCCUCUUGUUUGGCAUAUCUAGGCCUUGAGGGUAACAAGCAGAUUUUUGAUUUGGAGACUGGAUUUGGUGCUUUCUAUAAUGACUACGAUCCCCAGAGUUUACCAUCUCUGGACUCUUUUACCUGGCUUCUGGAAGAUCAAGAUGUGGCUUUUAAGCGCUUUCCAGCUUAUCUUGGAAUGCAUUGGGCUGCAGAUGCUGCUUCAGCUGUCCGAAAGCAAAUUGUUGGGAACAAUGGAUUGCUGCCUGUGGACAGUAUAAAAAAAAUUGAACUAAAAAUCCCAGACGCUAAGUACGUGAAUCGCCCUUUCCCCGCAUCAGAACACGAAGCUCGCCAUUCCUUCCAGUUUAAUACAUGCACUGCUCUUCUUGAUGGAACUGUAUCUGUUCAGUCAUUUACUGAAAACAACAUUUCUCGACCAAGUCUGAGAGAACUUCUAGGUAAGAUACAGGUAGUUCAUCCAUCAGACAACAAACCAAAUUUCGAGAAGCUGUAUUGUGAGGUCAAUCUAACAAUGCAAAAUGAUGACACUUUUAGCGAGAGAUGUGACACAUUCUAUGGUCACUGGAGAAAACCUCUUAGCAAAGAAGAUCUCGUGAACAAAUUUAGGUCUAAUGCUUCCACUGUCCUUUCAAAAGAUGGCGUAGAAGGUAUUCUGGAAAAUGUGGAUAGACUGGAAGAUGUGGCAGAUUGUUCUGUGUUAAGCUCCUUUCUGAAAUUAAGAAAUGAUGCAUUAGAAGAAUGCAAAGGAACUAUUUUACGAUAGUCUGCGUCAAGAUUUUAAUAAAAGCACAAGUGUCUACUGUAUAUUAUUCCUGCACUUUAACACCAACAGCACCUACAUUAUACUAAUAAUUCUUUAUUGUUCCACAACAUCCCCAGUGACUGACACACUGGUUUUGUAGCUUUGUGUUUAUCUUUUAUAACUUUUAUCAUAGGAUAACUGUACUGUAUCAGUUGUACAAUAUCAUCUUAUUCUUCACAUUAGGUGCAGUAAUAGGAAAUAACAUGCACUGAUAAGCGAGCAGCAAAGCGUAUUAUGGGCAUAGGAAACUUUCAGCUAUCUGGCUGUAGUAGGUCAUGCCAAAGGUAAUUGUGCAACAGCUGGCACAACAAAUGCUGCCUCUCCAGAAAUCUUUAAUAUGCCUGUAAUGGUGUGAGGGUUCCAAAAUGAAACACUGGAAAUUGCCAGUCACGAGCUACAAGCUUUCUACUUCUCUAAAACUAGUGCAAUAAUAAGUUUACAAUGAAUGGUGUGAUUUUACAUA